CAUCAGAGCCCUGCCCAAAGGGAGCUGGCCUUCCCACUUCGUGCUCCUGUGCUGGGGACCCGGGACGCCAGCACCCUCCCUGCCCCAGCCAGUGCUUUCCUCCCGGCCCAUGGGGACGCUGGUGGCCAAGCUGCUCCUGCCCACCCUCAGCAGCCUGGCCUUCCUCCCCACUGUCAGCAUCGCGGCCAAGAGGCGGUUCCACAUGGAGGCCAUGGUCUACCUCUUCACCCUGUUCUUCGUGGCGCUCCACCACGCCUGCAAUGGACCCGGCUUGUCUGUGCUGUGCUUCAUGCGUCACGACAUCCUGGAAUAUUUCAGUGUCUACGGGACAGCCCUGAGCAUGUGGGUCUCGCUGAUGGCACUGGCUGACUUCGACGAGCCCAAGAGGUCAACAUUGGUGAUGUUCGGCGUCCUGACCAUUGCUGUGCGGAUCUACCAUGACCGCUGGGGCUACGGGGUGUACUCAGGCCCCAUCGGCACAGCCAUCCUCAUCAUUGCAGCAAAGUGGCUACAGAAGAUGAAGGAGAAGAAGGGCCUGUACCCAGACAAGAGCGUCUACACCCAGCAGAUAGGCCCCGGCCUCUGCUUCGGGGCACUGGCCCUGAUGCUACGCUUCUUCUUCGAGGACUGGGACUACACUUAUGUCCACAGCUUCUACCACUGCGCCCUGGCUAUGUCCUUUGUUCUGCUGCUGCCCAAGGUCAACAAGAAGGCUGGAGCCCCGGGGGCCCCGGCCAAGCUGGACUGCUCCACCCUGUGCUGUGCUUGUGUGUGAUGCUGCGCCCAGCCCUGCUCUGAGCCCCUGCCCUCCCCAGCUCACACUCGGCCAGAGUCCCAGACAGUUUCUCCUCCUGCAGCUCCUGCUGUCCUUCCCUGCCCUGGAGCAUCCAGGAGAAACAUCUCUUCCAUACCCUGAGAGGUCCCCGGGGGUCUGUGAAGGGCCCACCAUGCUGCACUAAAUGCUUCUUAAGAACCUGCUUAUUCCCUUGUGACGGGGUACGCAGGACCAAGCUGGAAAGAUAAGAAGUUCUCCUCCCAGGCCUUGUCACGACCCAUUGGCGUGUCUGGUGGAGCCCUAGGUCUGGCGUCUGCCCACCCCACUGCUGGCCAGGAGCCCAGGAGUCCCAGCCGGGUGCCAGCCAUGACGGGGGGGGGCUUCUAUGUCUUCAGUUUUCUCCUGGAAACUGCUAUCACCAUCUCUGUCCUGUGUCCUCAGGCUCCAAGCGACCCCAUUUAGGAAGCUGGGGCCGUGGGGCCAGCUGGAUCCCUGGCCCAGGCCACUGUGGCCCCACCCCUCCCACUGGGUCCCUGAAUCAAGCCGCUUUCAUAACUAUAACCAGUAAGAAGUGCCUCAAUGUAUCAACCUCA